AAGCUGGGAGUUUUUACCUUUAUUGGUAUUAUUUUAUGCUUGUUUACCCUGAACUGAACCCACCCACCCUUGUUUGAGCAGUCGAUUUUUACAGGCGGCUUUCCCUUCAUUCCCAGUGGAGAUUUUAAGAUGGCUUCUCUCCUUUUAAAAGGUUUUUUUAAUUGAGAUAAUAAUCAUUCUUGAACCUCUACUACCAGAUUUGCAGUUGCCACCGGCAGCGGUGCAUUGAGGGGCCUGCCAAGAGCAGCCUCUCCCAUUUCCGCCCCGAAGCGGCGCGUAUUGGCUGCGCGACCGGCUGGCCGAGGGAGACGAGUUAAUCCGAGCGCAGCCCUGCGUGACCCGGCAUGGAGAAGCCGCAGCGCCCGGGGGUCGGAGUCGGAGUCGUGAUUACGAGCCUUAGGCAUCCCGGCUGCGUCCUAUUAGGCCAGAGAAGAAGUGUCGUCGGGAGGGGCUCCUUCCAGCUUCCCGGAGGGCACUUAGAGUUUGGUGAGAGUUUGGUAGAAUGUGCAAAGAGGGAAACCUUGGAAGAAGCCGCUUUGCAUCUAACAAAUGUGCAGUUUGCUUCAGUUGUAAAUGCUGCUAGCCUGAAGGACAAUUACCAUUAUGUCACCAUCUUAAUGAAAGGAGAGGUUGAUGUGAACCAUGAAUCUGAACCAAAGAAUCUGGAACCUGACAAAAAUGAAAGUUGGGAAUGGGUAAAAUGGGAUGAGUUUCCACCAGUUGCUAAGCUCUUCUGGCCUCUACGCUGCUUAAGAGAGCAAAAUUACAAUCCUUUCAAAGAAGAAUUAAAUCACCUCAUGGGGUACACCGGAAACCUAUGAAACGAGUUAAAUUUUCUGGAUUUAAGACAUACAGUAUGCCAAUAGGUCCCUGUGAAAAGUGACCUUUGCUAUCAGUGCCAGUUGUGCAUUUGCUCUAAAUGUCUGGAACGAACUUCUGUUAUUGGACGAUUGGCACUAAUCGUAUUCCCUCCAAAAGCUGUACUUUGGCAUUCAGCUUCACAGAUUAUUUUUCUUCCUCUAUCAUAGCAAAUAAGAUUUUAAUACAAAAGGUGUACACUAGUAUACAGCUGUUAAUAUGCAUGCUUAAUGGUAGUUUAAAGUUUUACAUUUUUGGUCAAAGUAGCUGCAAUAACACAUCAUAUACUGUAUAUUUUACGUUACUUGAUAAGCACCCUUUGCUCUGUAGGAAAAAAGGUAAUUGUAUAUAAAAUCAUUGAUAUGAUUGAUACGAUCCAGUCUAAUCACAAAGGUCCAUGUUUUGAAGUGUCUUCCCAUUCUAAACUGCUUUGCUGUCUGACUUGGGAGAAGUACCAUUGGAAAGAAGAGAAAUUAUUACCAGUUUGGGAAAUUCUCUUUUGUCAUCGUGAAGAACUUCUCAAAACUCUUUCCAGUAGUGGGAAAAACCACAAUAUGUUUUUAUGCAACUAUAUAGCCUACACUGUCUUCAAUGUUUUCCACUCUAUGGUUAUUUUUGCACAGUAUGCUGAACCAAAACCUACUCAGCCACAUUAGUGACUUAGUGUACUGUGUGAAUCCUGCCUCUAUGGUUCAGUUAACUGAGUAAACCAUGUUGAACUAUGAAAACCCAUGUCAUAUGAACCAACACAUGACAUAAACUGACACAUGACCACUGUAAUUUUUUCAGACAGAUUCUUUUUAAACAAAAUUAGGGAUACAGUAAUUAGAAUGAAGUAAAUUAAAAGUAAAUUAGAGAAGUAAAUUAGCAGAGGACUGAGAUCCAAGAGGAAAGUUCUGUUAUUUCUUUACUUAAAACUGACAUGAGCAGCAUUCUAGUAAGGCAAAGUAAAGGCCAAAGACUGAAAAAGACUGGAAACCCCCCUUGUAACCUGGGACAAUCAGGAAUAUGUACUCCAGUAUAACAAGUGAAAUCCCAACCCAAACAGGCAGGCUGAGUUCACACAUUACGCUAAAAUAAUGUUUUAAUUUUGGCCUAAUGUGGAGAUCCAGCCAAUUCCAAUUUAAUAAACUAAGAUUUAAGAAAAACAUAGGUUUUCAGGAUGCUUGAAUCCAUUCCUAUUACUGUUCUCAGGUUUUCUUAAAAUUUACCUCUUCCUUCAGCUCACAGGAAAGGUCAAGUCACCAGUGUUCCCACUGAAAAGCCAGCCCUUUCUCUAUCACGCUCGCUUGCUCUCUACUUCUACCACUGACGUUUCCCCUUGCCCUUCUUGGCUUCAAAACAGGAUCAUCUGCCACUUCUCUCUCCCUUUCCCCUUGACCUCUUUGCCUUCCCCUUCACCAUCUCACAAUUCCUUGUCUCUGACCUCUAAAACUGAGAACCAAAACCACCACCUGCACACGCUCUGGUUGCCAGACUUGGGGCAUCUUUGAUGGAUGUAGCUUGCUGUUAAAAAUAUAGAUACUCCUUGAUUAACGACCACAAUUGGAACCAGCAACUCCAUCAUUAAGCAAGACAUCACAUGACAGACUUACGACUUCAGUUCCCCAGUGGUCAUCAAGUGACCACAACUUGCAAUUUUACUGCUGGCUUCUCCAUUGACUGCUUGUCAGAAGCCAGCUGUGAAGCGUGCAAAUAGCGAUCGCAUGACCACAGGACACUGCAGUGGUCAUUAGUGCAAGGACUGGUCAUAAAGUUACUUUUCCAGCACCAUCAUAACUUUGAACAGUCACUA